AUGAGAGUCCUUCAUCGUGGAGCCGGGAAGUCAGCCGGCUCACAGGAAAUACCUUGCAUUAACACCGAUACAUCAUCCGACGACUCCAACUUCGACCUCAGUGGCCAGAUUGUGCAAGUACAUCAACCAGACAAUCCCAACGGUGGGAACACGGACAGCUUAGCGAAUGGGCAGGUCAUCCCAGAGGCUCUUCCUUCAUUGUCGACCCUUCUGAACACACAAGGUGCUGGAGUUGGCGCCAACGCCCACGCCAACGCCCACGCCUUCGAGCUUGGUCUAGAUAGAGGAUGGAAAGUCCCAACUUUGGACCGUGUGCAAGCUUCUACAGCAAAUGCAGAAGCCACAGCAAGGCCUCAGAUGGACUUCCAGCUCCUGGACGAUGCCUUUGUCCAGUGGCCGUGGGAGGAGCCGUUUUACGCCCUUCCAUGGUCCGAGGAUGUAGCCAAGAACAUGACAGCAAAGAAUGCUGAUCCUGACAAUGGAGAGUACCAAUCGUCUGGUUUGUUCCUGGGAUUGAUCCCAUCGGAAAUCGAACAAGCGAAAGUCAACCUGCAGCUCUUCGAUGUCGAGAAUCGACUCUGUGACUUUGUGUUCCCCACAAACUAUAUGGUGAUCCGGCUUGUGAGAGGCUUCUUCAAGCACUUUGCGCCACAUUGUCCCAUCGUCCAUCCGCAGACCUUCUCCAUCGGCACAAUUCAAGCACCGCUCCUGCUUGCUGUCAUGGCGUGCGGGGCUGUCUACUUGAAUGAGCAAGAGGUUAGCAUCAGGUUAUACUACGCGGUCCUGAAGCUGCUGAGCGAGGUAUGCAGAGAAUCGUCUCCAGCCUUCGACUUCGAAGAACGUCAUGACCCAAGGUCUAACCUGGCUGUGUUGCAGAAUGAAGAUUUAGUGAUCGCCGGACAAAGAGACUCGGGAUUCCAGCUCUGGGAAUUACAAACAAGGCUGCUUACCUGCCAGUACGGACUCUUUGGUGGCGACAGUCGAAUCCAACGACAGGCCAGACUGUCCUUCACACGGCUUCACGUGCUUUGCCGGGAAGCCUCUGUCGAGGCGACAAAAGUCUCUGUGAAUGACUGGGCCGGCUGGGUCUUUCGCGAGAGCAUGAUCAGGUGCGUGUCCUGGACCACGGUCCUCCGAGCAGUCUUGCUCUGCAACGAGGACAAUGCGGUUCUGAGGAGCUCCAACACCGAGUUCGACGGGAUGCUACCCUGCUCGGAGGAACUAUGGUCGGCCGGCGGCCUCAGCUGGCAGAACUCACCACGAGUCACGACGACGCCUACGGUUGUGUGUUUCCGUCAACUUCUUUCCGGCGCGCCGCUCGACGACACGAUGAUCAGUCCUUUCGGUCUGCUGACCCUGAUCAGCGUCAUUCUCUCGCACAUCUGCACACUUCGCCUCGGCAACAUUGAGACGACGACACCGACGUGCCCGGACGAGGAAUCCCUGCGCCUGGCGUUGCACACGUGGGAAGAAGCCUGGAGGACGCAUCCGCACGCCACGACGGUGCCGGAUGCGCCUCAGGGUCCACUGAUGGCCGACGCACUGGUCGUCCUCAACGCCGCGUACUACCGCCUGUAUGCCAACGUGCAGAUGAAUGAAAUGAAGGCUAUCGCCCGACUUCCCAUCGACCAGGUGUCUCGAAGCCGGGUUGCGAAGCUCUAUCAGCUCGACAAUGCCCCUGAUCUGAUGAAAGCGAUCGUCCGAGCCUGCAGGUGCCUGCUGGUCCGCGUCCGCUUGGGCCUGGGAUACCUGCUCAAGACUUCGUGUUUGAACUAUCCGUGCUAUGCUCCACUGGCCGCUUAUGAAGGCAGUCUACUGAUGUGCUGGUACCUUCUCGGUCGACACCUCUCGGAGAUCCCAGGUCCAGAAGACCACGUCAUCACCGCCAUGAUGGACGAGAUCGUGGCGGAAAGCGAAUACAAAUACGAGCAGCCUAUCCAAAGAGAGCUGCUGCCCAUCAUGAUCUAUCGGGACAUGAUCAGGGAGCGAUGGGUCUGGCCUGCAACUUGUAAUGUAUUAUCAAACAACCUUGAUGGAAUGAUCAAGCGGCUGAAACCGCUGCUCGAAGGACAACGCCAAUAA